CCUCUCCCCUCCGGGAUGGACGACGGGCCCGGCCUCGCCGGCGAGCCCGCCCCCGCGUCCUCGUCGGCAUCCUCUUCCGGCUCGCGGGCCUCCCGGCCGCGCAAGGGGGUGCGGCUCCGCCCGCUGCGGCGGCGGCGCGGUCCGGCGCCCGCCGCACUGGCUUCUCGGGGCGGCGACGGCGAACGCGAAGAUAAUGGCGGCGGCGCCGCGCAGGACGACCUCGCGCUGCCACUGGGGAUGUCAUUCGCGGCCGUUCUCGCGCGGGUUAUAAAUUCAACCAAUGAUUCAGGAGAAAGAUUGCAUCCUGUCAUCCUUUCCAAGAUCUGUACCUCAGCAGUGAGGGAAUCUUUGGCAAAUACAUAUGGUGACAGGUUUGACAGUUUCAUGAGAAAUUUUGAGAAUUCAUUUAGCAGCACAUUGAGGACGCUUCAUCGUAUUAAUGAGAUACCUGUCUAUGAGAGAAGUCCUACUCCUGAAUACUCUUCUACGCAUGGAGGCUCUGGGGCUGUAGAAAACUCGAGCGCUGCUGAUCUGCAAAAUCAUACAAAAGAAAUCGAGCAGGACCUCAUGAACUCUGUAGAAAGUCAAGUUGUUCUUUAUGCCAGAGACAAUCGACAGCUGGCUGAUCGUCCUCAUAGCAGAUCCUCUCGUGAGGCUGAUCGGUGCAUUCUCAGUGCUUUUGAGAGAUCUGUGAAGGAGCAGGCUCGCUCAAACGAGCUCAAGGAAUGUGAGAUUAGUCUUAGCAUGAGAAAGCUGCAGCUGAAACAGUCUGAAUUAGCUCUUAGCUCCUCCUCGCACAUGUUAGAGAAGAUUAAGUUGUCGUUGGGUUUUCAGAAAGCUUCCUUCCAAGGGGAGAAAUUCAAGACUCAGAUGCAGGACUCAAGGCACGCAGAAAUCCUGAGGACUCUUAUAGAUUUCCUUGUUAGUGCAGUGGUAAUUAUGUCAGUGUGUUUUGCUUAUGGAACUUAUGUUCACUCGUACCAACGGAUAACUGAUGUUACAGCAGCUUGUUCAGCUGCUUCAAGGGGAUCUAAAUCUUGGUGGGUGCCAAAUUCAGUGUCAAACUUCAAUUCUGGCUUGCAGUUCGUCAGAUGUCAUGUGAUAGCAGCAACACGUAUGUGCUUUGGCAUAGUAAUGAUUGUGGCAAUUGCUUGGUUAGCAUCCCAGCGUUCUGCACUGACUGGAUCAAAUAUGCCUAUAACUUUCAAUUUCAUUUUGUUGGGAGUAAUUUGCGGCUUUGCUGGAAGGUUUUGUGCCAACACUCUAGGCGGUGAUGGAAAUAUCUGGCUUGUAUGGUGGGAAGUCCUUUGUUCCAUCCAUUUACUCGGAAACUGUUAUCCAUCUGUUAUGUACCAUGUUCUUCAUGGUCCCAUAUCAAUAACUCACAGCAAGAAUGGUGUGGGGUUGCCGUACUGGGUUCGCCGGUGCAUAUUUUAUGCUGCGCUGGGGCUUGUUAUCCCGGUCUUGACUGGCUUACUUCCAUUUGCUUCUCUCUCUGACUGGAGGGACCAUUUUUCUGAAGAGAUAAAAUCCUUCUUUGUUGGUGACGAAGAAAUAAACCUUUUGGACUUCUGGAGGAGUAAGAUAUGUUGAAUUUGAUGUUUGCCUCAGAAUUUUAUCUUUGGAGAAGGAGACUUUGGAUGGGGUUGAUGGCAUUGUUGAACCAUACAGGAAGAAUAGUUGAAGCCUUGAAGGUAUCAAUGCUUGCAGUCAGGCGGUGCAAGCUUCUUCGUUGUAGUGAACUUGUGACCUUGCACUCAGAUGUCAGGUAUCAAUGCUUCAGUUUGCCGUAUAUAUUUUUGUUUUCAAGGUGCAAGGUCACAGUAUAGUGUUAAGAGUGCAGACCGGUUAACUGCCACCUGUGUCGUAGUUAUGUUUGUUUAAUCUUUCUCCUGGAAUGAUGCUUUUCUUGCCUCACUUGUUAAGAGUGCAGACCAGUUGACUACCACCUUUAUUGUAGUUAUGCUCUUCUAAUCUUUCUCCUGGAAUGGCGUUUUUCUUGCCUCAGUUGUGCAAUCUUUUUGCUCAUCACUGUCAAUAUCAAGAGAUGUAGUUCCUCUACUGUUGACCGCUUACGGCUAAACUGUUUAUGCUGCCAUUGUUUUA